UCUUCUAAGACGCUGAAUUCAUUUCUAAUAGAUUUAUCAUGGCACAAUCCGCUCCUCGAGUUUGGUUGAUUACCGGUUCUUCUUCUGGGUUAGGUAGGGCGAUGACGGAAGAGGUCCUGCAUAACGGUGAGAUUGCCGUCGCAACUCUGCGCAAACCCUCCGUCCUUGAUGACCUCGCUGCCCAAUAUCCGCGCACUCAGCUCCUAGUACUCCCCCUGGACGUGACGAACGAAGCGCAGAUAAAAUAUGUCUUCGCACAAGCCAAGAAUGCCUUUGGGCACAUCGAUGUCGUGUAUAACAACGCGGGGCAGGUGUUUUACCAGGAGUUGGAGGGGACAUUAUCCAACAUGGCCCGUGCCAAGGCAUUAAUGGAUGUCAAUUUCUGGGGCGCGGUAGCGGUAAGCUUUGAGGCAGUUAGAUUCUUUAGAGAGGAGAACCCGAAGGGCUAUGGGGGGAUGCUCGUUCAAGUAUCGAGCGCGGCAGCGAUCACCGGGGUCCCUCUGCUCGGAUUUUAUAACACUACGAAAGCAGCCUUGGAUUCGUUCACCGAAGUCCUGGCACAGGAAGUGCUUCCUGCUUGGAACAUUCAUUUCGUGAAUGUCCACCCAGGUUGGACACGCACGCCUAUCUCAUCAAGUGAUAUGCUUGAGCCUCCAGCAGUGUACGCAUCAGAGCCGGCAGCUGUAACCACGAAGAUGCGUUCUGAAUUUGAUGCGUUCAUCAAAAGCGAUGCGCUGGCUGACGCUGAGGUUGUGACAAAACGCAUUUGGUCGGUGACACGGAUGGACAAUGAGCACCUACGAAAGGGUGUACAGGAGGGCAUUCCAGGCCUCGUGAACAUGUAUGUGGGCAUGGACUCGUUGGACUUUGUGCAUACAAAGAUUGGGCGGCUGCAGGGUGAGUUGAUGUGGAAUACAAAAGUCCAUUAUGAGUAUUAGUCUCGUGUACGUCUUUAAAACGAACAGUUGGUUCUGCAGAUGGCAAUAAUUUUGCAUGACCCAUGCUCCACUCCUGACCCGUCAUUCCACCGGUCUCACCCAAAAUAUGAGGUUUACCGUACUAGAGAUGACGGACUCGUUGUUUGGUUCCUGUAAUAUCAGAUGUGCACACAUUAGCAAAAGGCAAGCUUUUUCCAUUGCACUCAUAAUAUAGCCAUAUUCUCGACUUAGAUUUUUGUCAGAUCUUCUAGAGGGCAUGAAAAAAUGCAUGACCACCGAUCCGUUAUUUAACAACAAAAAUACAAAGAUGA